AUGGAACUUUUUGAAACGCACUUCGGUGGAAGUGAGCACUUCACUCUUGACAUUGGAAGUGACAACAAACACAUUCGAGUCAAUGAAUUUUCAAAGCAAAGCACUUCAUUUGGCAAUUUGAAAUGCCACCACACAGUGAUAAUCUCGAUCGUGUCAGAGAUGAUCACUACAAAGAAGUACGAAAUCCUUUCUACGCCCAACAAAGUCGUUUUGAAGCGAAGAGAAGGGUGCAAAGUCGAAAUAUCAAUUAAGCCACUUUGCUCGACACAUAUUCAAGACAAACUGCAAAUUGUUGUCGACGACGCGUUUAAUGGGAAACGAACAAUUGGAACACUGAGCAUGGAAAUCGUGACGGAAGUAACAACAAGUCUCAAUUAUUCAGAAGUCAAAGAAGAGAGUUAUUUGAAUGCUGAAGGAAGUUGCGAUGCUGGACAAAUUCAGAAACGUGUAUAUAGUGCACUUCUGUGGUGCUGUUUUGUCCCGACAAAAAUUUGCAUUGUCACCGAAUACGCUGAUUUUGGGAGUCUCCACUUUAUCAUGGAGAACAGGAAGAAGUCGCCUAUAACAAACAAAAUGAAGACAAAGAAAUUUUGUAUGUACACAUUAAUGGGAUCUUCCAUUGAGAUAUUAAGCUCAGAACUGUUGUUCGAACAACUGUUCUGA